UAGGAACUUGUUUGUCUUUGUGGGCCAUUGGUGUCGCAAGAGCGGAUUUGUCAAAGUAACAGAUAGUAUAAUGUGCGGGGAGGAGAGGAAGGGGUUGUAGUUUUCUCUCUCUCUCUCUCACAAACAAACGAGCUCCGGAUCGAAAUCUAGCUGCAGCUGCCAAUAUUAUUACUCUUGUGUUAAACGAGUAUCUCCCGCCUGGACCAAAGUCUGUAUCGUGGAUUAACAAAUAGAUCUAAUGCAACAGUUACAUUUAGAUUGUUAAGAUUUUUUUUAACAAUUUGAAAUGUUUCUAGGAGGAAAACGUGAUUUUCGUCUCGUUAAACUUGCUGAAAAGGUUGACAUUAUGACCCGUUAUGCCCAUAUUGUAUAUUUUGGUGACUGAUUAUUUUUUGGACAUAAAAUCUCAUUUAUAAUGUGGGCGCGAUCUACACUCCAGUUUCUCCUCGGUGUGUUAGCUGUGGUUGAAGUUCAGCCUGUCCCAGAAGAGCUGUGUCCUCGACAAGAGCCCCCUUCUGGAGUUUUGGUCUUGAAGUCAGGAAGCAAUGUUGUGUUUGGCUGCAGAGGUUUUAUCACUGUGGACGGUGUGCCGUUGGCUUCGGCCAGUGUCAUGAAUAAAAAAUACAGAAACAAGCAGAGCGAACACAUCACUGUCAGCUGGACAUCCCAAAAAGGUCAUGCUAAUGCUACACAGCUAACCAGUAUAAAGCCAAAUGCUACAACUGGGACAUACCAGAAGACUGAUUCUGCUAAGUAUACCAAAGCUAAAAGGGACUCAACGGUCACCGUUAAGCCACUUGUAACCAUAAGAAAGGAACAAGCCGCACCUAGACGUGUUUUACGUGCUGUCGCUCAAACUACUGGACAGGAGGAUGAGGUCUUUGGUGUCACCGUGGGAACAGAUUUUGAGCAAGAUGAUUAUGAGGACUACGGUUAUGAAGAGGAAAGGUCCAGGGUGACAAGAGGCAUCAAAAAGCGAACACGCUGGACUCUCAAUGGACGACAGGUGCAUGCUGGAGUGGAAAGGGGAGGGAUUUUAAGACGGCCUGAUCUCAGCUCGGCAGAUGCUGGGAAUUACAGCUGCUACAGAGGAGAGAGACUCAUUUCCACAUUCAGAAUCCGUGUAGGGGUGCCCCCAGAGAGACCCACUCUCUACUGCUACAGGACGUUUCACACGAGUAAUGUCUCCUGUGAGUGGACAUCGAAAAAUCCAGUAACCCCACAGCCGCUGUGUUACCUACUUCUUUUUAAAGGAUUUUCGAGCAAUGCCACCAGUGUGCCUUGUUCAUUCUCCCUCUCCCGCUGCUGGUGCGUCUUUCAAGUGGAGGAGGGUGACAGAGAUCUUUAUGGAGCAAAGCUGUGUGUGUCUAACGCGGCAGGCGGUGCCCUCAGCCCUCGCCUCAGCUUCAAGCUGCACGACAUCAUUAAGCCAGACCCUCCGAGCCAAGUGUCGGUGAGAGCGGUUGAGGGCAAGAAGCAUAGGCUUAAUGUCUCCUGGUCUUAUCCCAACACCUGGAAGCAUGGCUUCUAUGCCUUGCACUUCCAGCUGAGAUACCGACCACAACUCAAGGAGCAGUACCAGUCGGUGCUGAUAGAUGACAGGCCGGACAGACAUUUGUCCUGGAUGAUUUAUGAUGCUCUGCCACACGUUCAGUAUGAAGUGCAGCUCCGAGCCAAGGAUGAGUUCGAAGGCGUCUGGAGUGACUGGACUGACCCGUUCUGUGCAGUCACUUGGACGGCUCCUGAGAUAAUUACUACCUCUGAGAGCAUUACUUUGGGGUCCCUUGAGGUGUUUCCUGACGGUUCAGAAGGAUCUGAUGAAGACCCUGGUGUAGGUUCAGUUGAUGAAGCCGACGAAACUGAAUACGCUACAGUGUGGCUGUACGUGUCGUGUAUUAUGUCAUGUUUUCUUGUGGUCUUCACCAUGCUCACAGUCUGUUUACUCAGGAAUAGACUGCAUUUCAUGUCUAGAAUAGGAAAACAGUCCUUGCCCUUUGCAUUCCUCCUUCAUUCCCCUCGACCCAUUCCCGCUCCUGUUCAAUCUGAGCAGCUUCCAGAGGAGGGAAAGUCACUGAUGUCUCCUCCCAAACACCGCCAGCCAGACUUCCUUCCUGUGCAACAAAAGCUACAGGAGUGCAUUCAUCUGCAUAACAUUGAUUAUUUCCUUUGUCCAGACAUAGACAGACAUGAGUGAACAGAAGAAAUAUACUGUAAUAGACUAAGAUUCACUGAUUUUUACUCAGUAACAGUAUUGCGAGUGGCAACUCAAUGUCGAGUGUCACUGUAUAGACAAAGUAAUUCAUCAUGGCCUACCUUAUUUUUGAUGACUAUCAGAACGUUUGUACAUAAGAAUUUUUAAAAGCGAUUUCUACAAAGUGCGUCCUACCUGACCACAGCAGUCGUAUGAAGCUAAAGCUCUUUUAUAAAUAGCUCUGAAUUUAAAUGUCUGCCGAAUGCCUUACAGGAAUGUUAAUAAUCUAAUUCAACAUUUUAAGAAAAUAUCAAUUUUUAAAAUAAAUAUAAGAAUCGAUAUUAUGGUGACUUACAGUGAAAGUGAAUGGGACCGAUUUGUGGAGGAUGUGAAGCUCACAGUUUUACAGAAGCAUUUAGGCCAAUCAGUUCUUCCGUUGAAACUUUUUUUUUUAUGUUUUAUGCAUUGCAUUAUUACAUUUUUAUAAUAUAUCCGUCAUAAAGUUGUAAAAGAUAAAGUGCGUCCAUCCAUAACAAAAAUUAUUGUGGAGUGGAGUGAAGUGUUUGAGUAAGAAAAACUUCUCAAACCAUAAUCUCUAGCUUCCAUUAACUGUCAAACAUGUGUUCACAAGACCUACAUUUAGCAGGUCUUAUUUGCAGCGAAGGAAAAGCUCUUGGCUUAUAUUGAAAUGUUCCUACAUUUUUCUUUACAAAUCCUCAUUUUGCACUUUUAAUUCAUGACUGUUGUUCUCUCCUGUCCUUUCACCAGAGCUUUUGCUAUAUCUAUGUCCUGCGUCAUCUGCUGGAAUGCUGCUCUCUCGUGAACACGCGUAUAACAGCGGAAGCAAGAGAUUGCGGUUUAUAGAGUUUUAAAUGAACAUGACAUAUCCACCUCUCCAAUCAGAUAAAAAGGUUGCUGUCUGUGGUUGAAGAUUUGCAGAUGAACUGGUGUCUUUAGUUACCGUGAUUAUUGAUGAUGAAUAUUGGUUUGACGCUACUAUAAGUCACUGUGUGAACAGGAUAAAUGCGGUUGUCAGUUCUAGAAUCUGAUGGUCUGAAGGCAUCUUAGAUUAUUCCUUCAAACGUAUACAUUUUCCUCUUGUUUCUGUACUGUUGAUACUCUGGAUUUUAAUGUGUAUGGAUUGGCCCCAUACACUUCCACUGUAAAACAGAUUUUUAUUUUACGCUUUGAAGAAAAGGCAAAUUUCAUGCCACAAGUGCUGUUGAUUGAGUUUAACUUGCAUCAAACCUGGAAUAGUCCUUAAAAGGUAAGUUUUGCGUUUGCCAACGAGCCUGCUGAUGAAAGUAAAUUUACAUACAGAAAUCCCCUGUUGGAAAUAUGGCAAGCUAUUAACCAGAAGUAAGGGGUUUUUUUUCAUUGUGCUUUACUGUAAUACCAGUUGACUCCAGGCCAGGGAGAGUCAAUCUCUGUGAAUAAGGCAUAGAACAAGGAAUAUUGUGCAGUGUUUGUACAGUUGUAUUGCUUAAUAUAUGAAUAUGCUGAAUGAUA